UGAACAAGUUUGCUAAAGACAGUUUUUGUAGUACUUUCUUAUUUUCAGAUAAAUCAUUUAUUUUUCGUCUAAAACGUCGUUUUGGUCAAAUCGUUAGAUAUGCCUUGAUAGGCAAUAAAUUAAGUGAACAUGUCAUGUUUCAAUUUCAACAGAAUCACGUGGAUCCAAUAAGUGUUUAAGGUUGCUGCACGGAUGAAAACUUACGGUAUUACCGUUAAUAAUUAUAAGGAGUUAAAAACCAAACCUGCCUACGGUUAUCACUAAAGCGCCGAAAAUUUCAAUAAUUGCAUCACUCGACCGGCGUAUGAUCAGUCGACUUACGCGUGCUCACCGUGUUUCCCUUGGAGGGCAAAAGAUAAUCUUAAUAUUGCAGAUUUUUUUAUUCAUCAUGAACGUUCUACAACGUGGUGCACCACACCUAUGUGGUGUGCCGCCAAUACGCGUGGGCAUAAAAAAGGAAAAGCACAUAAACUGUUCCAAAGCCAAUACACUUGAUGGACGAAUUCGCCCUCUCGACUAGCUGAGUGCAACUGGAUGUGAUCUUGGAUGCAUUUUGGUGUUGGUAAAAUCUGCUUAUGCCUUUAGAAUGCACCUCUCGCGGGCUGCAUGUCGUGAGAUUGAACUUGCACCCUCGACGCAUGCGAUAGAGAACACAAGUGCAACAGCUGAUAUAUAGGUACGCACUUUUGAUCUGUGCCAGAAAAGAUACAAAAAACUGUUUGCCCAUUGAGAGGCCUAACUGCAACGGUGACAUUCGAACCGAGUGAGCGAAUUUUAAGCUGAUAACGACUAUAAAAAGGAGUGGACAUUGUUCAGCAAAAUAUAAUCAACAUACGGUUGUCAAACAGUUCACAUAUCUACCAAAAUGGCAUUCAAAUUUGCAGUCCUCGCCGCCGUCGUGGCCGUAGCUAACGCCGUUGCCAUCGGAUAUCCAGCUGCCUACCCAGCCCUCGGUGUUGCCAAGGUUGCCGCUCCCCUGGCCUACCCAGCCGUUGCCAAGGUAGCCGCCCCAGUGAUCGCCAAGGCCGUCGAUGAUUAUGAUCCAAACCCACAGUACAGCUACAGCUACCACAUUGCCGACGCCCUGACCGGAGACAACAAGGAACAGCAGGAAUCUCGCUCCGGAGAUGUCGUCACUGGAUCCUACUCCCUGGUUGAACCCGAUGGCACCCGUCGCGUCGUUGAAUACACUGCCGAUCCAGUCAACGGAUUCAACGCCGUCGUCCACCGUGAACCACUUGCCGUCAAGGCUGUUGCCCCAAUUGCCAAGUACGCCGCUCCUCUAGCCUACCCAGCCGUUGCCAAGGUUGCCGCUCCUUUGGCUUACCCAGCUGCCCACGUUGGAUACCCAGCCUACGGCAAAGCCAUCCUUGGUUAAACAGUUGAACCACACCACCACAAGUGAAUUGUGAUUGCAUAGACUAAACUCUAGUGAAAAUCACAAAGCAUUUCCACGUGAAUUGUGUUGACGAACCACCGCCAUCGAACCAGGACAGUUUAGGGGAAAAAAUGUACACAUUGUACACAAACAAUUAGAAUCAUUCAUCAUGUAAAUAGUAACAUAAUCGCUCAAAGAAUGUAAACGUACCAUACACAAAAAUGAAACAUCAUCCAUCAACGACGAACAGCGUUGUUAAGAACACACCGAUUGCUGAACAGUUUGACUGUGUGUGUGACUUAAGUGUUAUUCUAGUGUUAAUAGCUCAAUCAAUCGUGAACAAUAAAGAAUGAAAAGGAAUGUACGAAAUCUAUAUGAAUUUUAAAACCAUCCGAAUUUUUCUGUUGAAUGCGCCAAAGUAGCGUACCGUUAUAGUUUUGUUGUGUCUGCCAUAUAUCUGUGCAUGAUAGGUUCUCCAUUAGGGUUCACUGCUGAACAAGUUUUUGUAUCAAGCACCAAAAUACCGCUAUUUACUAAAUUUGAGUUUGUCGAACCUAUGGCUAUUUUCAAACAUGUUCUACACGUCUGGUUUUCAUGAUAAUGAUUGUUAAAAAUGCAUUAUUUAUCGAUUUCAGUCAGCUUGUAAGCAAGUUUCCCAGCUUGUAUCCCGUUUUUUUGUACUUAAUUUACUACAGAAUACACUAUUUAGGUCAUAAGAAAUUCGAAACAAACUUUGUAAUAUUUUCGUUACUAGAAAGUUACUUUUUAAUGAUUUGAAAAAGUAAUGUAUCUUACCAUACAAAAGAAACAACAACUAUUGUAGAGAAAAAAACAAGCAUGUUCAAAACUUCUUUGUUUGUUUUUUUGGGGUCAGAGCACUUUGAACGGCUAUAACAUUUUUGGUAGUAAACCGAUUUAUGGAAUUGCGUUCAUGUGAGUUUUUGAUAUGCGGUUUGAUCAAAGACGAAAUAAAGACGUAGGACUUCCACAUAAAAUGACUUUAUUUUUGGGAUCAUGAAGUACUAGAAUAGCAAACACAACACCUACAUUUGUAUCUACCUUGCAAAGCUGAAAUCUAGUUCAUCUCGUUACCCGCGAAAUUCAAAUCCGCGUUACCAUGUGAUAAUAUAUAAACAAUUGUUGAUUCGCCAGUGGUUUCCCUACACCGUUUUCUCGAAGACAACGACAAGUUAGUUAACGCAUUUAUAAGCUUCUUUAUACAUUAGUUUAUCUUCCGUUUAUUUUUAGAUUAACCGUUUGGAAAGAAUUCUGCCGUAAACACGGCACGGUGGUUAAAGGAGAGCAAGAGCAUUACCAAAUAUGUUCUCAGCAUUUUGAUGCAUCAUGCUUGAAGGAUCCGUUUUGUAAUUUUCAUUGUAAUACUGUUUAUCUAUAUAUAAGAAAUAUACCAAAGCAAUGUAAGAUUCA